UUGUCCACAGUAUUUUCUAGUAGAAAGAUAUCAAAGCAAAAACAAAUCUCUCCGUCUCCUUCCCUCUUCUUCAAAAACGCAUCUUAUUCUUCCCUAUUUGCAUCGCAUUUGUUCUUGAAUCUCUUUGCGUUUCUUAGGGAGAGAGAGAGAGAGAGAGAGAGAGAGAAUGUUCCAUGCCAAGAAACCCUCAACUAUGAAUUCCAAUGAUAGGCCCAUGUGUGUUCAAGGGGACUCUGGUCUUGUCCUAACCACCGACCCCAAGCCUCGUCUGCGUUGGACAGUUGAACUUCAUGAGCGCUUUGUCGAUGCUGUUACUCAGCUUGGAGGACCUGAUAAAGCCACACCAAAGACCAUCAUGAGAGUUAUGGGUGUGAAGGGUCUCACCCUUUACCACCUCAAAAGCCAUCUUCAGAAAUUCAGACUUGGAAAGCAACCUCACAAGGAAUUCAAUGAUCACUCAAUCAAGGAUGCUCAAGCAUUAGAUCUUCAACGAAGUGGAGGAUCUUCUUCUGUCAUGAUGAGCAGAAGUAUGAAUGAUAACUCACACAUGGUUGAUGCGACUAGAAUGCAAAUGGAGGUGCAGAGAAGAUUGCAUGAACAAUUAGAGGUACAAAGACAUCUUCAAUUAAGGAUGGAAGCUCAUGGAAAAUACAUGCAAAAUAUGUUAGAGAAAGCUUAUCAAACACUUGCAAGUGAAAACAUGGCCUCAGGAAUCUACAAAGGCAUUGGAAAUCAAGGAGUUCCUGAUAUGGGUGGUGGGAUGAAAGAUUUUAGUCCUCUAAAUUUCUCACUAUUUCAAGACCUUAACAUUUAUGGAGGCGACCAACUUGAUCUUCAACACAACAUGGAAAGGCAAUCAUCACUUGAUGGGUACAUGCAAAACAAUGAUAACAUUUGCUUGGGAAAGAAGAGGCCAAGCCCUUAUAGUGGUAAUGGCAAAGGCCAUUUAUUCUGGCCUGAUGAUCUUCGUUUUCAAGAACUGGGAUCAGCACCAACUUGCCUUGGACCUCAAGAUGAUCAUCUUUUCAAAGGUGAUCAUCUGAUUCAGAUUGCUUCUCAAUCAGUGGAUAGAGGAAGUGUUUUAGAUUCUAUAUCUGAUAUCUAUGAAUCAAAGCCCCCAGUGUUUCAGGGUGAUUCAGUGAGUGACAAACACACAAGGCUGGAAAGGCCAUCACCGAGAAGAGCGCCGUUUCCCGCAGAUAGGAUGAGCCCUAUGAUCAAUACUGCCGGUGCAAUGCUACGAGAAGGAAACUCAACUUUUGGGUGACGAAGCUAGCUUUGUUUCACUUAGAUGUAAGUCAUGAUUUGAUGAUAUUAAUUAAGCUCUUGGUCUAGGGUUUUUGGUAUCCAGAAGUUGUCAAUUUAUUACACUAGAUCUUCUGCUCGAUCUGGUUUGAUCAUAUUGUUCAAAAUGGUGAGAUAUAUAUAUAUAUAUAUAUAUAUUUUGCACAGAAUUAUAUUGUGAGAAAUCUUACAAGAAAUGUUGCAUCUAGCUAUUAUCAUCUUCAUUCA